GCGUCCACUCAGGGGAAAAAUGAUAUUGAAAGGAAAAAUGUUUCAACCCAGCUCUCGGUCUAAAAGAGGAGAGAUUGCUUUCUUUUCUUUUAAAAAAGGUCUAUGAUCUAGUUUUCCUGAUCUAAUCUGUAGUUUUGUGGAUGUUCUAUCAUUUGUGGGCAAUAUUUCCUGGUUUCAGAUUGUCGAUGUUAUUGUUGGGAAAGACGAAAAAGGCAGAAAGAUCCCAGAAUAUCUGAUCCAUUUUAAUGGUUGGAACAGAAGCUGGGAUAGAUGGGCAGCCGAAGAUCAUGUACUUCGUGAUACUGAUGAAAAUCGUAGAUUACAGCGUAAAUUGGCAAGAAAAGCUGUAGCUCGCCUGAGAAGCACAGGAAGGAAAAAGAAACGCUGCAGAUUGCCUGGUGUCGACUCUGUCUUAAAAAGCCUCCCCAUUGACGAAAAAGAUGAAAAUGAUGAAAACUCAAUAAGCAGCAAUUCCGACAUUAGUGAAAACAAGGAUGAGGAAAUAAGUGAAGACAGUGAUAUCGAAGACAAGACUGAAGUGGUAUAAAGUUUUUAUUGUAAAAAUUCUUCGUUGCAGAUUUCAGUGAAAGAAGAACCGGAGCUGCAAACAAAAAGGGAAAUGGAAGAAAGAACAAUAACUAUAGAAAUCCCUGAAGUUCUAAAGAAGCAGCUUGAGGAUGAUUGUUACUAUAUUAACCGGAGGAAACGGUUAGUGAAACUUCCAUGCCAGACCAAUAUCAUAACAAUUUUGGAGUCCUAUGUGAAGCAUUUUGCUAUCAAUGCAGCCUUUUCAGCCAAUGAGAGGCCUCGUCACCAUCACGCUAUGGCACAUGCCAACAUGAAUGUGCAUUAUAUACCAGCAGAAAAGAAUGUUGACCUUUGUAAGGAGAUGGUGGAUGGAUUAAGAAUAACUUUUGAUUAUACCCUCCCGUUGGUUUUACUCUAUCCAUAUGAACAAACUCAGUAUAAGAAGGUGACUUCGUCUAAGUUUUUUCUUCCAAUUAAGGAAAGUGCCACAAACACCAGUAGGAGCCAGGAGGAGCUCUCUCCCAGCCCGCCUUUGUUGAAUCCAUCUACGCCGCAGUCCACAGAGAGUCAACCAGCCUCAGGUGAGCCGGCCACCCCCAAGAGGCGCAAAGCUGAGCCGGAAGCAUUGCAGUCUCUGAGGCGGUCCACGCGCCACACCACCAACUGUGACAGGCUGUCUGAAAGCAGUGCCUCACCUCAGCCCAAGCGCCGGCAGCAGGACACGUCUGCCAGCAUGCCCAAACUGUUCCUGCACCUGGAAAAGAAGACACCUGUGCACAGCAGAUCAUCUUCACCUAUUCCCCUGACUCCUAGCAAAGAAGGGAGUGCAGUGUUUGCUGGUUUUGAAGGGAGAAGAACUAAUGAGAUUAACGAGGUCCUCUCCUGGAAGCUGGUGCCUGACAAUUACCCCCCAGGUGACCAGCCACCUCCUCCCUCUUAUAUUUAUGGGGCACAACACUUGUUGCGAUUGUUUGUGAAACUUCCAGAAAUCCUUGGAAAGAUGUCUUUUUCUGACAAGAAUCUGAAGGCUUUACUGAAGCACUUUGAUCUCUUUCUGAGGUUUUUAGCAGAAUACCAUGAUGACUUCUUCCCAGAGUCUGCUUAUGUUGCUGCCUGUGAGGCACAUUACAGCACCAAGAACCCCCGGGCAAUCUACUAAAGUGCUGAUGGUUCUCUAAGAACAGCUGCUCCAUCUGGCAUCCCACUCUGGGCUCCAGGUGAAGAACUAACAAGAUGGGGUUUCUUUCCCCGGAGCACAAAUGCAACACCCACCUGAGGCUCUGGCAGAGGUGGGCCCUGUCGUUUGAGUUGCCCCUAGGCUGUAGUUUUUUGUUUAGAAUUACUUCUUGGGUGCCUGAAAGUGCUCCGACAUCAUACUCACCACUGUGCAGGCCAUCUGUAAUGACAGGCAAAAAGAGCAACCGUGGUCACAAUGAAAUAUUCCUGAAAGUGUACAUAGGUUGGGCUGUUUUGCUAGACGUUGCAGUUAAUUAGCAAGAACCACAUUUUUUCAUUAUUUGUUAGCAUUAAACAAAAUUUUUUGCAAACUGUUUUCAUUCUUAUGAUGAGACUGAGUAACUCUGUCCAACAAAUUUGAGUUUGUACUUGGAAACCACAAAGUAAUCUUAAAGUAUCUCAGAGGGAAUCGAUAUUGAUGGCAGAAGAAAAUCUGCAGCUAUACAUUUGCUUGUAAUGGCUCCCUCUCUGUGGAAUGUUAUUUUUGGUGAUCUAAAUAAAGCCUGUCUUGUUUGAGAUUUUACAGCUAUACUUUGUUGUGUAAUGUUAUGAUUCCUUUUCUGUAAAAUGUUAUUUUUGGUGAUCUAAAUAAAGCCUGUCUUGUUUGAAAAACCAAGAGAGGGUUUUCACUC